AUGUCACCGACCGUAGCCGCGCCGUCGCGGGCCCGCGGCCCGCGUUCGCGCCACCACCGCGCACCAGCGCGCCCAGCAAGCCUCUGCCACUACGACGAGUGGGCGCUUGAAUCGGGGGCGCGUCGGCGCGAUCCGCCCGGACCGAGUCCUCCGCGCGCGACGCCCGCGCCACUUCCGCCGCGGACCGCCCCGCCCGAGCCCGAUCCCAUGCGCCCCCGGGCCCGCGAGCCUGUGCUGGCUCGUGGCAACGAGCUCGACGCCCGAUUCGCAAUGUAUCGCGCCACCAACCGCGCCCCCUCGGCCGCCUUCCGCUCCCGCAGGCACCUGACUCCCAGAAUCCAGGCCGCUCACGUAUCUACCACCUCGAGAACGGCAUGCACGGUCGCGCGCGCGUUCCAGGGCCCCCCGCCGGGCUCCAGCGCGCCGGCCACGUCCGCGGCCAAGCCCGGCACCGCCGCGCCGCCAGGCGACCUCUCCGCGCGCGGCAUGCCGCUCUGGCAGGACCUCCUCAGUACAGGCGACCUCGGCGACAUGAUUCCGCGCGCCAAGUCCGCGUCUGACGUGGGCAUGCUGAAGCGCAAGGGCCGCCUUAAGGAACAGGACGCCCUGAUCGAGUUCAUCGUCGGAAUGGCCGCGACACACACCCCGGCGGAGGCGAUGCUCAAGAUCGAGCGCUGGAUCGACGCGCACCGCGCGAACCCGCGCGGGUCGCGUCUGCAGCGGGCGGUCCCUCUUGUGGGCGCCUUUCACACGCGGCUGCCUCUCGUGGACGCGCUGGAGGAGUACGACGAGUUCUUCAACCUGUCGCGGCGCAAGUACGUCGCGCCGAACUUCGCGGAGAUCCGGCACAUCCUGAACAUCGCGCAGGUGCACGCCAUCGCGCCCUCGCUGCGCCUGGCGACGUUUGAUGCCGACGGGACCAUCUACCAGGACGGGCACCACAUCGAGCAGGACUCGGUCAUGAUCCGACACCUCACGGAGCUGCUCCUGUCGGACGUCCACGUGGCCAUCGUGACGGCGGCAGGGUACCCGGGCGAGGCGCACAAGUUCGAGGAGCGCGUCGCGGGCCUCCUCGCGGCGUUCAAGUCCAUGGACCUCCCGCCCGAGGCCCUCGCGCGCUUCCACAUCAUGGGGGGGGAGUGCAACUACCUGCUGCGUUGCACGCCCGACUGCCGGCUGGAGUUCGUGCCCGACGCGGAGUGGAAGUCCGCGGACAUGCAGCAGUGGUCCGAGGACGGCAUCCGCGAGACGCUCGACGCCGCGCAGGCGCUGCUGCUCGAGACGGCGGCGCGGCUGCGCACGCCCGUGCAGCUCAUCCGCAAGGAGCGCGCCGUGGGCGUGGUGCCGAGCGAGCCCGCGGUGUACGAGGUGCUCGAGGAGAUGGCGAUCACGCUGCAGAACCAGCUCGUCGCGGCGGACGGCGUGCCGUUCUGCGCGUUCAACGGCGGCAACGACGUGUUCUGCGACAUCGGGGACAAGUCGUACGGGCUGCGCGCGCUCAUGGGGUACCUCGGGUUCGGGCCGGGGCAGGUGAUGCACGUCGGCGACCGGUUCACGACGAGCGGGAACGACGCGUCCACGCGGGAGCUGUGCAGCAUCCUGUGGGUGGCGGCGCCCGAGGAGACGGCCUUCUUCCUGUCGCUGCUGAUCGAGGACAUCGAGCGGGAGAUGUACGCGCGGCAGACGGCGGCGAAGUGGAAGAAGGCGCCCGUGGGGGACCCGCGGUGA